AUGCGUAUCAUCGUCGCACUUUUGAGCUUGGCCGCAUGCGCCCAUGCGCUCUACUUCCACAUUGCCGAAACGGAAAAGAAAUGCUUCAUCGAAGAGAUUCCCGACGAGACGAUGGUCGGAAAUUUAAAUUUUUAUUUAAUCGACAAUUGCGUUUUAGGUGACCGGAAACUACAAAGUGCAAUUGUACGACCCGAACACGAAAGGAUACGGCGAUUAUCCGAAUAUCGGAAUGCACGUCGAGGUCAAGGAUCCGGAAGACAAGGUUUGUGCGGGGAAAUUGAAUAAGUCGCUAAAUUUUAUGGAAACAUCGAUAAUUUCAGGUCAUUCUGUCGAAGCUGUAUACGGCGGAAGGACGAUUCACGUUCACGUCGAACUCUCCGGGCGAGCACGUCAUCUGCCUUUACUCGAACAGCACCGCCUGGUUCAACGGCGCCCAACUCCGCGUCCAUCUCGACAUUCAGGCCGGAGACCACGCGCAGGACUACCAGCAGGUUAGAUUUUUACGAAAAUUAUAGAAAAAUGAGGUUUUCAUGUUCAGAUCGCCCAAAAAGACAAGUUGAACGAGCUGCAACUGCGAAUCCGUCAACUUUUGGACCAAGUCGACCAGAUAACGAAGGAGCAGAACUACCAGAGAUACCGGGAGGAACGGUUCCGACAGACCUCCGAGUCCACAAACUCCAGAGUCUUCUACUGGUCCAUCGCUCAGGUAGAGUGCUGAAAAAUAGUUUUUUUUUUCUAGUUUUUUAAAGCCAAAAGUGAUGGGCGAACUGCUGCUGUCAAAACUUGAAUUUUGCGCAUUGUUCGCUGUUACGUCUGCAAAAACAGCGAAAAAUGCGUUAAAACGCUUGUUUUUCAUUGGCUCAAAACCCCAAAAAUUCCGUCUAUGACACUGAAUCCAUUUUUGCAGAUCGUGGUACUCGCGAUCACCGGAGCCUGGCAAAUGCGUCAUCUUCGUGGAUUUUUCGAGGCCAAGAAGCUUGUCUAA